ACAUAGUCAUUUGUGCAAUUGUGCUUGAAAAUAUCAUCUGGUAAUAACCAACCUCCAUUCUCCACUCUUCUCCCUCGCAAUUCAACCUCUUCUAACUUUCUCUCUCCUAAUUGUUGAAUCGAAUUGGUAGCCAUGGAAGUUAAUUGCAUUUACAGAAACCCUAACGCACCAAUUGAAGAACGAAUUAAAGAUCUCCUUUCUCGAAUGACUCUGCAAGAGAAGCUCGCUCAAAUGACUCAAAUCGAACGACGCGUUGCAUCAUCUUCAGCCAUUAAAGACCUCGGCAUUGGUAGUAUACUGAGUGCGGGAGGAAGUGCUCCUUUCGAUAAGGCGCUUUCGUCUGAUUGGGCUGAUAUGAUUGAUGGAUUUCAGAAAUUGGCUAUGGAUUCGCGGUUAGCGAUUCCAAUUAUUUAUGGAGUUGAUGCUGUUCAUGGUAAUAAUAAUGUAUAUGGUGCUACUAUUUUUCCUCACAAUGUUAACCUUGGUGCCACUAGGGAUGCGGAUUUGGCUCAUAGAAUUGGGGUUGCAACUGCUUUGGAGGUUAGAGCUAGUGGAGCUCAUUACACCUUUGCUCCCUGUGUAGCUGUGUGCAGGGACUCAAGAUGGGGAAGAUGCUAUGAGUGUUAUAGUGAAGACACUGAAAUAGUGAGGAAGAUGACUUCCAUUGUGUCAGGGUUGCAGGGGGAACCACCUACAGGGCACCCAAAUGGUUACCCAUUUUUGGAAGGAAGAAAGAAUGUGAUUGCUUGUGCUAAACACUUUGUUGGUGAUGGAGGAACCCAUAAAGGUAUAAAUGAGGGGAAUACUAUUUCUUCAUAUGAAGAUUUAGAGAGGAUUCAUAUGGCACCUUAUCUGGACUGUAUUUCUCAGGGAGUUUGCACUGUCAUGGCCUCCUAUUCCAGUUGGAAUGGGAGAAAGCUACAUGCUGACCGUUUUCUUCUCACUGAGGUUCUUAAAGAUAAGUUGGGCUUCAAGGGAUUUGUAAUUUCAGAUUGGGAAGGCAUUGAUAGACUUUGUGAACCUCAAGGUGCAGACUAUCGUUUCUGCAUUUCAGCUGCUGUUAAUGCAGGAAUUGACAUGGUAAUGGUCCCUUUCAAUUAUGAAAAGUAUCUGGAGGACUUUACCCAUCUCGUGGAAUCGAAAGAGAUACCAUUGUCUAGGAUUGAUGAUGCUGUUGAGAGGAUUCUUAGGGUGAAGUUUGUUGCAGGACUUUUUGAACACCCUUACGCUGACCGUUCUUUGCUAGAUACAGUUGGUUGCAAGUUGCACCGCGACUUAGCACGUGAAGCAGUUCGGAAAUCUUUGGUUCUCUUGAAAAACGGAAAGGACUCGAGAUCUCCAUUCCUGCCAUUAGACAGGGGCGUCAAAAAAAUCCUUGUUGCUGGAACACAUGCCGACAAUCUUGGAUAUCAAUGUGGUGGGUGGACGGUAACUUGGUACGGACUUAGUGGCAGAGUUACUAUUGGCACUACCAUCUUGGAUGCUAUUAAAGACGCCGUUGGUGAUAAUACUCAAGUGAUUUAUGAGGAGAUGCCAUCAUCUGACAUGUUGGCAAGAGAAGAUUUUGAUUUUGCCAUUGUAGCAGUGGGCGAAGCUCCAUAUGCGGAAUUCACUGGGGACAACUCGAUUCUUAAUAUACCUAUGAAUGGAGCUAAUGUGAUUAGUGCAGUUGCAGAUAAAAUUCCUACACUUGUCAUUCUGGUUUCUGGUAGGCCUUUAGUUUUAGAGCCGUGGCUUUUGGACAAGAUGGAUGCUUUGAUUGCUGCAUUUUUGCCUGGAACUGAAGGAUCGGGAGUAACUGAUGUUCUAUUUGGUGAUUAUGAAUUUGAGGGUCUACUCCCAGUGACGUGGUUUAAAAGUGUUGAUCAACUGCCAAUAAAUGCUGGACACAGCUCGUAUGAUCCUUUGUUCCCGUUGGGUUUUGGAAUGAAAACCAAUGACAAAAAAAGUGUAAUUUGAUGCAUUUGAGUAUCAAGACUUGAUAUCGAUAUUGUAUAUUCGGAUAGACAAGGAUAUUGUAUUAUGAAUUCAAAUGAUCUUUUGUGUUUGGUUCAUAAUCUAUCUAUUCUCCUUGUGGCUUAACCCA